AUGCUACCUCUCGGUCUCUUAACGGCCGCGACAGGCCACCCUAUGCUCGUCGAGCUUAAGAGCGGCGAAACCCUCAACGGCCUGCUGGUCAAUUGCGACACAUGGAUGAACUUGACGUUGAAGGAGGUCGUACAAACAAGCGCCGACGGCGACCGGUUCUGGAGAUUACCCGAGAUAUACGUACGCGGAAGUACCAUCAAAUAUCUACGGGUGCCCGACGAGAUUGUUGAUGUAGUCAAGGAGCAACAAGCAAAGGACCAGGCAAACAGGGGAGGCCGGGGAGGAAUGCACCAGCGCGGAGAACACCGUGGGGAUCGUGGAGGCCGUGGCAUGCGUGGGCGUGGACGAGGUCGUGGAAGAGGAGGCGGCGGUGGUGGUGCUUAA